AUGCAGCUUCCUUCGUUCGCGCAGCUGGCCAUCACUGGCUUGCUGGCCACCUCGACGGUGUCUGGUCUCCAGAUGCCCGGUGAGGCUGCCAGACGCGCUGCUGGUGCCAUUGCCAUUCUGGCCGUCCCCGUUGCUGGUACACCCGUUUCCCCUCUGGCGCUCCGCAACGACGACGAGAUCGAGAAGCACCGCAAGAAGCACCACAAGAAGCACCAUGAGCGCCCCCGCCGCCGCCAGUGGGGCUGGGGUGGAGGCUGGGGUGACGAUGAUGAUGGCGACGACGAUGGUGAUGAGCCUGCGCCGGUCCCCACGCCUGGCAAGGGUAAGGGCUCGGGCAAGGGUAAGGGCGCGCCCACCGGUGCCGUCCCUCCCAUCAAGACGACCACCGCUAAGCCGGUUGGCCACACUCCCACUCCCCUUCCUGCUCCUCCCAAGUCUCAGCCUGCUCCCGCUCCGAGCAAGUCUGAGCCAGCCCCUGCUCCGAGCAAGUCUCAGCCUGCUCCCGCUCCGAGCAAGUCUCAGCCUGCUCCCGCUCCUAGCAAGUCUCAGCCUGCUCCCGCUCCGAGCAAGUCGGAGCCAGCCCCUGCUCCGAGCAAGUCUCAGCCUGCUCCCGCUCCGAGCAAGUCGGAGCCAGCCCCUGCUCCGAGCAAGUCUCAACCCGCUCCGGCUCCUAGCAAGUCCCAGCCUGCUCCGGCUCCUAGCAAGUCCCAGCCUGCUCCCGCUCCGAGCAAGUCUCAGCCUGCUCCCGCUCCUAGCAAGUCGGAGCCCGCUCCCGUGAAGCCGGAGCCUACCCCCACCGGAAAGGGCAAGGGCAAGCCUGCGCCCACUUCCGCGAGCCCGCCCCACGAGACCGCCACGCACCCGAUUCCCCCGGUCGUCACAGCUCCGCACAAGAAGCCAACCCACACUGUGACGGUGACGGUGAAGCCCACGACCACAUCCAAGGCCGCGCCACCUCCUCCCGAGCCGACCGUGACUGUGACCGUCACUGAGGGCGAGGGCAAGGGCAAGGGUAAGGGCACGGUCACCCCGCACCCGUUCCCGACACCUGUCGGGCCUCCCAUCUUCCCCGGUUUCGGCGACGACGACGACGACUGA